AUGGAGCAAUUAAUUUCUGUCGUGAACGAGCUUCACGAUGCCUUCGCAAGUGUGAAAAUGAACGUCAAGCUGAAUCUGCCGCAAAUUGCUGUGGUGGGCAGCCAGAGCUCCGGCAAGAGCAGCGUGCUGGAGGCAAUCGUGGGGAAGGACUUUCUGCCGCGUGGCUCCGGCAUCGUGACCCGCUGCCCGCUCGUGCUGCAACUUGUGCAGCUGCCCAGCACGACCGAGGAGGAGUGGGGGGAGUUUCUCCACAAACCGCAUAAGAAGUUUUUUGACUUUGCGCAGAUCAACGAUGAGAUUCAACGACGCACGGUGGAGAUCGCGGGGAAGUCGGCCAUUUCUGACCGCCCCAUCAACCUCAAGGUGUUCUCGAAGCACGUGCUCAACCUCACGCUUGUAGACCUGCCGGGGCUCGUCAUGAACCCAGUGGGGGACCAGCCGAAGGACAUCGACCGCCAAAUCAAGGAGAUGGUGACCCGCUACGUGUCCCCAGUGAACACCAUCAUUCUCGCCAUUUCGCCCGCAAACACAGACCUCGCGACGAGUGCGUCGCUGCGCCUCGCGAAGCAGUUGGACCCGGAGGGGCUCCGCACGGUGGGUGUGCUGACAAAACUUGACCUCAUGGACCGCGGCACGGACGCGCUGGACGCCCUCACCGGGAAAUUGGUAAGCCUCCGCCACGGAUUCGUCGGGGUGGUUAACCGCAGCCAGCAGGAUAUCAAUGACUCGAAGGGCAUGGAGAGCGCACGAGAGGACGAGCGUGCGUUCUUUCGCAACCACCCAGCGUACUCCGCCAUCGCCGACAGACAGGGCACGGAGUAUCUCGCGAAGAAGCUGAAUCAACUCCUCCUCCAGCACAUUAAGGAUGUCAUUCCCGACCUCAAGCGGCACGUGGACAAGCUGUUGGAUAGCACUAGGAAGCAGAUGGAAAAACUUGGCAUGUUGGAGCAGACUAACAUAGACCCAAGUGCCCACAUGUUGUCGCUUAUCAAAAAAUUUAGCGACACGCUCACCCACACAAUUGAUGGCGGUACAACGGACGCAACCAAGGAAUUGAUGGGCGGUGCUCGACUGGACUACAUUUUCAAUGAGUGCUUCGCCAAGUACGUGAACGGACUCACCGCCAGGAAGGAGCUGACGGACGAGUACAUCCGCAUUAAUGCACGCAACAUGGCUGGUAUGCACUCCGCCCUUUUUCCCUCGGACCAAGUCUUUGUGGCCCUCUCGAGGGAACAGAUCUCGCGUCUGGAAGAGCCCUCGCAGAAGUGUGUGCAGUUUGUGUACGAAGAGCUCCUCAAGAUUGUUGACAACUGCGCCUCAAAGCUGGAUAGCUUUCCCAAGCUGAAGCAUGCCGUGGUGGAGAUCUGUCGCCAGUCGCUGCAGGAGUACCGCGUGCCCACCACGGCACACGUGCGGACAAUCGUUGCGGCGGAGCGCGGGUUCAUCAACGUGAAACACCCGAGGAUGGAGGAGUUGGUACAACGGUCGUUUCUGAAAAUAUUUGGCCCUGAAAGUGAGAAGAGGCCAGAAACACCCCCGCCGCAGCACGGCGGAACUGACGCAAAGGAGAAGGAAAAAGAAAAGGAUAAGCCCAAAAAGAGCACUACUGAAACGACCCCAGCGGCCGUGGAAAGCCAGAACAUGGGGGAUGUGCCGGUGACGAUUCUGCUAGGCAACGACAUGUCGGCUCACGAGCAGCACAUUAACAACGUCAUUCGGGACAUGGUUGAGGGGUACUUUGGCAUCGUGAGGGGCUCUGUCGCUGACCAGGUUCCCAAAGCCAUCACGCUACUCAUGAUAACGAAGCUGCGCGAGGACGUGUAUGCAAGGUUGGUGCGCAGUCUGUACAACGAGCAAAAGGCGGAUGAUCUUCUUGCGGAGCCGCCGGAGGUCGAAACGCAGCGCAAGGCCACAAAGACGAUGAUGGAAGCGUUGAAAAAGGCGCAGGCGGCGUUGGAGACAGUGCGCGGGUACACCUUCGAAGGAUAG